CGACGACACGGUCACACUGGUAGGAACUAUUAAAGUUAAUGCGCAAACACACAUGGCGUGAUCAUGGAAAACUUGGCUAAAAUAAGGAUGAGCCAAAAACUGGCCUGCUGGCAGCAAAUUCUGACCACCUUGGGAACGAGUUCCAUGUCAGAGCACGAAUGGAAUACUUUUUUCAGGGGGUUCCUCGAAAGCUGGCAAAAUCCCUACUGUAUCCAAACCAGCUGCGAUCCGAGUAUUCCGCUGAGACAGGAGCUCUUGGUCAGACCGAGGAAAGCUGUGCAGGAAAAUCCGCAUGGGCCAGUGGCCACACCUCCAGAGUCCCCUGUUUUCCUGGAACCCAUCAAUUCAACCGCGCCGCGUGAACAUCUGAGUCCCAGCAAGUCCCUUGAUUCAACAGGUUGUCAUCCUGGUGAUGGGGAAAGAUCUCCAAGUGUUUCAAAUAAAAAUUCUACGCAUAAAAAUCCUGGUGACUCCAAAUAUACUAAAAUCUGGAAGCAGAGCAAUAUUCAUACGACUUCCAGUUCCUCCAAAGCUCAAAUUUCCAUGCGCAGAGAUUCUAAACUCUCAAGUACGAAGAAGCGCCCAGUUACGUGUCCACUUGUAGACGAUACAACGGAUGAUUCGCGCAAAAACCGAGAACAACAUGCUAGUGCUUCCAACAAAAAUGUUUUCAAGUCCAGAGAGGCAUCGCCCAAUGUUCCAAACUUGACGAAAGAUUCAUGUGCUUUUCCAGAUGUUCUUAUGUUAAGUCCCAAUUGUGCGUCUAAGAUAACACAACGUGGAAAUUCAUUUGGUCAGACACAAGAUUACAAAACUUCUCCAGGGAAAAUAAUCAAGCGUGUUCCCAGAUAUAGUUCACAAUUCUUAAAGCCAAAAACCGGGAAAGUACAUAAUUUAGGAGACAAACCUAAGAAUAAACAGCAGCCGAAGACUCCACCGCCAUUCCUGCUCGACAACGAGUACAAGGAAUCAAGCGACGACUCUGAUGACCAACUGCCGCUUUCAAAAUUGUCGCUAAAGAUGAAAAGAAAUAAACUAAAUCCCCUUUUUCUUUCUCGCAAUAAAGAUUGCAGUCCUGCUCCUGAGAAAGUGAAGCUAAAAGGAGGACGUCCCGCACAAAAUAAGAAAGAGCAGCUGCCAUGGGAGCCAUCAAUAUUAACUAAUUCGAACGAUCAAGGCAAGCAAUUAGCAGAGCCCCUUCGAAAAUCUGUUAAGAAACCUACCAAACAGAAGAAACGAAGACUUAGAGCGCCUCCGCAGUCAAAGACUCAGGAGAAGCAAUCAACUCACGAAAUGAUCAGUGAGCAGGCCAAAACCAUCUCAAAAGCAUCUGGACAGCAGACAUCUAGAGUACAUAGCAGCUUGUCACCAAGCAAUAUAAGGAACAAUAGCGUUAAAUCAGUAAGCAGUAUAUUGGUUUUUACUCCACCUAAUAACUUCCUUUUGUUACCGCAGAUAAGCGCCAAAAUGUUGAUGCCAGCCCAUAAGUCGCAUACUGCGAUCAACUUGAAAUGCUCAGAAAUCGAUGUACCCGCUGAGAAGGAUUUGUGCCACAAGCUUGAUGUUACAAACGCUUGUCCUAAAAAUCGCUGCGAUGACCUAUACAAACACAAUAUCAAUUUGUUUGGCGACGAGGAUAACUUCCAGAGCCCACAAGACUAUGCAACAAACAAUAUGCAUGUGGGUCAGCCUCUGGGUGACGCCUCCGAGAUCAAUCGCUGUCUGGAGAACUUAAACAAUAAAUCACUGAGCGAGAUCGAUACCCAGCUGGUCAAUACCAGCAAGUUCUUAGAGAAGGUGACGAGACCAUCGACAGUGGAGGUAGACAAAUCCGAUUUAAUGGACAUCUUUAUGGGAGGAAAUGAAGAGUUGGACUAUGAGUACGACGAUGAUGAUGUGCUCUCGGUAGCUGCCUCCUGGAAUGGACUCGACGAUGAGAAUGUGCCUGAGGUCGAACCGUUACCCAAAACCGAGCCUUCCACAGAAACACUUAAGCCAAUCAAAAAAGAAAACGCACAAAAAAAGCAAAACAUAAAAUCGUUUCAAAUUCCCAAACUGAAUGCUAAAAAUCUGAAGACACAGCCCUCCGUAAUGCGUUCCCUGUACGAGAAGGAGGAGUUGAAAAAGAUUAAGGUGUUGGCAAAGCCUGCGCCGCCUUCACAAGGGGAUAAACCCUUAGCUGAAUACAAUCGUAACCAACGCGACGAAGCAACUGCUGCCCGACGGGCCAAAGAAACAUUCCCAGUAUUUGCUCCACCGUAUCGUAUAGCACCAGAAUCGGCAGCUGCUCUGGUCAGCGCCAAAAGCCAACAGGUUAUACCACAAGUACACAUUCCCACCUCCCAAGAGGGUGUUAAUUGGAUCAAAGAUGUGUUUGGGAUAAGGUGCAUGCACAGUGUGGACAACAAAUGCAUCUCUUUUAAUUGUGAUCAUACGAGAAACAAUUUGGGUGAAGUCCAGCAACGAUUGAUGAGGAUGGACGACGACACCUUGGUGAGCGUCUACCGACAAACGAAACGAAGCUUUUUCCUGUUCCAGACCUACUACACCUCGUUCGUGGAUAUCUUCGAAUUUCGCCAUCUCUGGCAGUAUCUGCUAAUCAUGCUGGUCGACUGCCGAUUGUACAAAAGCAUUUCAGCUCCCCUACUGGCACACGUGUAUGAAGCUCUCAGUAAGUGCGGAAUGCAGAAAGAGGCUGUGAAAAGGAUAAUGGAGCAUGUGUGGUUGCCAUGCAAAGCGCACAAAUAUCGGGAUCUGAUGCUAACGACGCUAAAUAUUCUGUCCAACGCUAACUGGGAGGACUAUUGCGAUAAGCUUACGCAGCUGGACACGUAUUAUAACUUUAAGAUACCCCAUAAGAACUUGAUCACCAUACUUAAAUCUUCCGAAGACUGCUCAGAUAAAUUUGCAAAGGCUGUUAAGUUGAUCACCCUCCAUCCAACUUCUAUUUGUACCAACGAAACUAUUAUGUCCAUUUUAAGCAGCGCAUCGAAUGAAAGUGCGAGCGCAAUCCAGGGGCCGCCAGAAGCGGGUUCCUCUCAUUCCUCGUUCAUUGCACCAGCUGCUGCUGUUCAGCCUCCACACUUCACAAUUCCUAAUUUUGGACAUUUACCAACCCAUAGCUUUAAUUAUUCCAAUGAAUAUACGACCAAUAUACAUCAUUUUGAUUAAGCAAAUGAAAAUGAAUGAAAAAUGACUGUCAUAUAUACUUGACAUCUACCACAAUCUCUUCAUUUCCCUUGAUAAACAUAAUUGAAUAAAUUAAAUUAUCAAAUGAUUAUUACAAAUAUUUUGUAUUACAGAAACUAUCAAUAAAGUAAAAGUUGCGUAAUUUCUA